AUGACGGACAACAUCCCACUCAUCGACCUUUCCGACGAGCAACACAAUGACAGUCGCGAGAGCGAGAAUUGGCAGGAUGAAGUCGAGUCUAGUUCCAAGAAGCCGUUGAGCCCUAUCGCUCACGUUACGGCAACUGGCUUCCGAGUCCCGAGCUCGGUAGAACAUUUUCUUGCUCAAGAUAAGGGUUCGUCGCUUGUGAGCCGCGAAGAGGAGCUUCCAAUGAGGCCUAGAAGCGAAGCUUGGGCGCGGGAAAGUCGCCCAGCAACCGAUUAA